AACCAAAAAUACAAUAUUUGAUAGCUUCCUGUUCCUAGUACCAUAUAUUCCCUUCCUUUUACAAUUUUCUUCCAUGGAUUCCUCAUCAGUUACUCCGCCCAUGAUAGACACCGACCAUCGGAAGAAGACUUCGGCUGGAGAUGAGAUCAGUACUGAAAGACACCCCAAACCCAAAGGGGGCUGGAAUGCUGCCAUUUUCGUAAUCUUUGUGGAGAUGACGGAGCGAUUUGCUUUCUAUGGCCUGGCCGCCAAUCUCAUCACAUACCUUACCAAUAAUCUGGGAGAGCCCACUGCCACGGCUGCUAAGAAUGUCAACACCUGGGUUGGUGUCUCUUCCAUCUUCCCUUUAGUUGGAGCCUUCAUCGCCGAUUCCUACUUGGGUCGCUUCAAAACCAUCCUUUUAUCAUCCAUUGUUUUCUUCUUGGGGAUGGUUUUGUUGAGUUUGUCUGUGUCAGUUGUUCCUAUGGAACAUCGGAGAGCGGUGUUUUACACAGCACUCUAUAUAUUAGCGGUGGGCGAAGGCGGCCACAAGCCUUGCGUGCAGACGUUCGCAGCAGAUCAGUUCGACGAUGACAAGGCAGUCAAGAGCUCGUUUUUCAACUGGUGGUAUUUAGGAAUAGUCUUCGGCGCCUCCUCUGCAGUUUUAGUCGUCAUUUACUUACAGGAUCAUGUCAGUUGGACGGUUGGAUUUGGAGUGCUAGCAGGGGCUUUGGCGGCGGCUCUGGUCAUGUUCUUGAUGGGUAUUAAGAGGUACCGAAAGCAGAGCCCGACAGGCAGCCCCUUAACCAGUUUGUUACAGGUGUUUGUUGCCGCGGCAAGGAAGUGGCGCGUCACUGAGACUUCAAGUGGCCGUGGCAUAUGUUACCAAGACCAGGAUUACAGAGGCCAAUGUAGUAGUCGCAAUUUGGUUCGAACCAACCAACUCAGAUGUUUAGACAAGGCAAUGAUCAUUGACGACAAUGAUGUCUCGACCAAAACCAGGAAUCCAUGGCGGCUUUGUCCUUUGAACCAGGUGGAGGAAGUGAAGCUUGUCCUCCGCCUCAUUCCUGUAUGGCUAGGAUGCCUAAUGUAUUGUGCUGUCAUCGUCCAAGUCCAUACCUUCUUCAUCAAACAAGGAAGCACCAUGAUCAGAUCAAUUGGACCCCACUUCCAGGUUCCUCCAGCAGCCUUGCAAAGCCUCAUAGGUUUCACAAUCCUCAUCACUGUCCCCAUCUACGAUCGGAUAUUUAUUCCAAUGGCCAGGAAAGUCACCGGAGGCAUAACCAUACUGCAGAGAAUUGGGGUUGGAUUAUUUCUUUCUAUACUCAUGAUGGUCAUUGCCGCUCUUGUGGAGGCCAAAAGGGUCAGCACUGCUAAAGAACACGGCCUAAUUGACACGCCAAAGGCAACAGUUCCAAUGAGCGUGUGGUGGUUGCUUCCACAAUACAUGAUAUGUGGAAUAGCUGAUGUUUUCACCAUAGUUGGACUACAGGAACUAUUCUAUGAUCAAGUACCGGAGGUAAUGCGAAGCAUAGGGGCCGCAGCAUAUAUAAGCGUUGUGGGAAUUGGGAGCUUUGUGAAUACUGCUAUUAUAACUGUUGUGCAGAUGAUUAGUGCAAGGCAUGGGAAACCAUGGCUCGGAAAUAAUCUUAACCGGGCGCACUUGGAUUACUUCUACUGGGUUUUGGCAGGGUUGAGUGCUGUUAAUUUGUGUGUUUAUGUAUUGAUGGCAAGGUGUUUUGUGUAUAAGAGAGUUGGAGGUGAUGAUAUGAAAGAGGAAGGGAAAGGGCUGAGUCUAAAUAGCUACUUGGAUGAGCAAAUAUCAACUUAGUAUAUUAUGCAAGAACAUGUUUAUUGUAUAAAUUCAUCCCUUCUGCAAGUUGUCUACAAUUUUGUUUUGGGAAAUCUUUCUCAAACCCAUUACUCCGCCUCCUCCUGCCCGUUUUAAAGUUGUCAUUUGAAGGUCUCGAUCGUACCUUUUAAACGUAGGUAGGAACAAACAAAACCAGUCAUAUAUCAGAAAGUAGGCAAUACCAGAGGAAUAAAUUAAUGUUUCAUGU